UGCACCACUGCAAGACGGGUUGAUAAGUCCACCUAUGCCAAAAACCACCCAGUGUGCUGCCAGCAGCCGAGUAGGGGUGACGCGACGGCCAUCUUGCCAGUUUUCCCGCGUUUUCGAACCGCCUAGUGUUAACUUAGUUCAAACCCAAGUGCCCUUAUGAAGGAAGCAACACUAACGGAUUUCUAUAGUGAUCCUGUACUCAAUAGCACGUGUGAUCGUGAUAAUAAUUUUUACAGAAUAUUAGAUCGGUUGACCCGAGAAUGAAACGCGAUGAUUCCUUAAAGAGCUUCACGAGGGUACCGCGCCGGCACAGCAUCAGCGAGCAGAUACCGGUGCUGUCGGUGCCGCUGCGCUCCAACUCCAUUACUAUCAGGCAGCUUGCCCAGCACUCCGCGUAUUUAGCAGAAAGGGCUCUUAGGGAGGCGUACGAAGACGAACUCCAAAACAAUUCGCCACCUUCAUCCUGGUUCAAACUAUUCAGAUUCGCGAAACCAUGCGAGCUGUUCAUGCUGUUCAUCGGUGUGCUCAUGGCCUCCCUGAACGGGCUAUUUGUGCCAAUAGGUGUGAUAGUCUACGGCGAGUUCACGUCGCUGCUGAUCGACCGGACAGUGAUGACUGGCACCUCCACGCCGACUAUAACCAUAUCGAUGUUCGGUGGUGGAAGGAUCUUAACGAACGCAUCCCGAGCAGAGAACAAGGCAGCGCUGAUUGAGGACUCGCAGGCGUUCGGCAUCGGCUGCGCGGUGUUCUCGGUGCUGCAGUUCAUUGUGGGGGCCAUCAGCGUGGACCUGUUCAACUAUGCAGCUAUGAAUCAGAUUGACAGAAUGAAAGAGAGGUUCCUUCAGGCCGUGUUACGUCAGGACAUCACGUGGUAUGACCUCAACACCAGUAUGAAUUUCGCCACCAAAGUAUCAGAUGACGUUGAAAAGUACAGAGAAGGGAUUGGCGAGAAGGUGCCUAUGUUGGUGUACCUGAUAAUGUCAUUCGUGACAGCUGUCAUCAUAUCCUUCUGCUACGGCUGGGAGCUCACGCUUGUCAUCCUGUCGUGCGCUCCGGUCAUCAUUAUCACAACUGCUAUCGUGGCUAAGGUGCAAUCGUCGCUAACCACGCAAGAGCUGAAAGCCUACAGCGUGGCCGGCGUCAUCGCCGAAGAGGUGCUGUCAGCCAUCCGGACUGUCAUCGCUUUUGGCGGGGAACAGAAGGAGAUCACAAGAUACAGUACGCGCUUAGAACCUGCUAAAAAGAUGGGCACCAAAAAGGGGGUGUAUUCCGGACUGGGCAGCGGCGUGAUGUGGUUCAUCAUUUACGCCACGUAUGCUCUGUCCUUCUGGUACGGAGUCGGCUUAAUAUUGGACAGCAGGCACGAGGCACAGCCGGUUUACACGCCGGCCGUUCUGAUGAUUAUCUUCUUCAGUGUGCUCCAAGGCGCCCAAAACAUGGGUCUGACGUCGCCCCAUAUGGAAGCCAUAAACGCGGCGAGGGCAUCCGGCGGCUCCAUAUUCGCUGUCCUGGACAGAAAGCCGGCCAUCGACAGUCUGUCCACGGAGGGACUCCGACCGGAGCUGACUGGAGACUUGGAGCUGAAGAAUGUGUUCUUUAAGUACCCUGCACGGCCUGAUGUUCAGGUUCUCAACGGUAUAAGUCUGAAGAUAAACAAGAACGAAACAAUAGCGCUAGUCGGUCCGAGCGGUUGCGGGAAGUCGACGGUCCUACAACUGCUUCAGAGAAUGUAUGACCCGGACCAAGGGGGGGUGUUGGCGGGAGGACAUGACUUGAGGGAAAUGAACGUGCGACAUUUGAGGGAUCAUAUAGCUGUGGUGGGGCAAGAACCCGUGCUAUUUGCGGGGACUAUACGAGACAAUAUACGGAUGAGCAACCCAUCGUGUACCGAUGAAGAAAUUAUUAUCGCCUCAAAACAGGCUUACUGCCACACCUUCAUUCAGAAACUACCCGAUGGCUACGACACACUGAUCGGAGAGCGAGGCGCCCAGCUAUCAGGCGGUCAGAAGCAACGCAUAGCCAUCGCCAGGGCUUUGGUCCGAAGGCCAAAGAUCCUACUCCUGGAUGAGGCUACAUCAGCGUUGGAUUCCCACAGCGAAGCCAAGGUGCAGAGGGCCUUGGAUGCAGCAGCACACGGCAGAACCACCGUUAUGGUGAGCCACAGGCUAGCGACGGUACUGAACGCGAAUCGUAUCGUGUUCAUUGACAAGGGCGAAGUCAUAGAGGAGGGGACGCACGAUGACCUGCUGAAGCAGAAGGGCCGGUACUACCAGCUCGUCAUGGAAAACGAGCCGAGCAUAGGCCCUGUGCCUUCUACGGAUAUUGAGAAACAUGCCAAGAUGCACCGUCCGAAGCUACAGAAACUGGCAUCAGUGGAAUCCAUGAAGAGUACGUCAGAAGAAGACUCUGCGUCAGAAGAAAGCGUAGUUAUGGAAGAGAAGGAACCACCGGAGAUGCAGCCCACGACUUGGCAGAUCAUGAAACUGUGUGAACCGGAGAAGUACCUGAUGAUUAUUGGAGUCCUGGCCGCGAUAGCUGUAGGAGCAUCUUUUCCAAUGUUCGCUGUGUUGUUCGGCGAAACUUAUGGUCUUCUCCAAAGUUCCGACGAAAACUGGGUCCGCGGGCAGACCAACAUAAUCGCUAUAUUGUUUCUGAUAGUGGGCGUACUCACAGGCGUCGGAAUAUUCUUCCAAAUAUUCAUCUUCAAUUUGACGGGCGUGCGGCUCACGGCAAGGCUUAGGGUGGCCACAUUCAGCAACAUGCUGAAGCAAGAAAUCGGAUGGUUCGACGACCCGAUCAACGGCAUCGGUGCACUUUGCUCGCGGCUGGCGGCCGACGCGGCGGCUGUUCAAGGUGCAACCGGCACCCGAAUCGGCGCUCUAAUGCAAGCGGGAGCGACCAUAGUGAUCGGCAUCUCCCUAUCCAUGUUCUACACUUGGAAAAUGACGCUAGUGUCUCUAGUGUCAGUGCCUAUGGUCAUAGUGGCGGUGGUGCUUGAAGGCAGAGUCAUAGCGGCCGGCAUAGAAGCCGUGAGGCAGGCGUCGGAUAAGGCCAACACUAUUGCUACUGAGGCGAUUACUAACAUCAGGACUGUGUCUGCCUUCUGUGGCGAGCAAGGCGUCCUCGAACGCUACCACAAAGCAGGCCUGGCCGCUCGCAAAACAGCUCGCAGCAGCCUCCGCUGGCGCGGCUGCGUGUUCUCCUUCGGGCAGACCGCGCCCGUCGCCGGCUACGCGCUGUCGCUGUGGUACGGAGGCGUCCUGGUGGCCAACCGGGAGGUGCCCUACAAGGACGUCAUCAAGUGAGUGACGUCAUCAUUAGUUGGGCUCGCAGCAGCCUCCGCUGGCGCGGCUCAGCCUCGCUGGCGCGGCUGCGUGUUCUCCUUCGGGCAGACCGCGCCCGUCGCCGGCUACGCGCUGUCGCUGUGGUACGGCGGCGUCCUGGUGGCCAACAGGGAGGUGCCCNAACAGGGCUACGAUACACUGAUCGGAGAGCGAGGCGCUCAGCUAUCAGGCGGUCAGAAGCAACGCAUAGCCAUUGCUAGGGCUUUGGUCCGAAGGCCCAAGAUCCUGCUCCUGGAUGAGGCUACAUCAGCGUUGGAUUCCCAUAGCGAAGCCAAGGUCCAGAGGGCCUUGGAUGCGGCAGCACACGGCAGAACCACCGUUAUGGUGAGCCACAGGCUAGCGACGGUACUGAACGCGAAUCGUAUCGUGUUCAUUGACAAGGGCGAAGUCAUAGAGGAGGGGACGCACGAUGAUCUGCUGAAACAGAAGGGCCGGUACUACCAGCUCGUCAUGGAAAACGAGCCGAGCAUCGGGCCUGUGCCUUCUACGGAUAUUGAGAAACAUGCCAAGAUGCACCGUCCGAAGCUACAGAAACUGGCAUCAGUGGAAUCCAUGAAGAGUACGUCAGAAGAAGACUCUGCCUCAGAAGAGAGCGUAGUUAUGGAAGAAAAGGAACCACCAGAGAUGCAGCCCACGACUUGGCAGAUCAUGAAGUUGUGUGAACCGGAGAAGUACCUGAUGAUCAUUGGAGUCCUGGCCGCGAUAGCUGUAGGAGCAUCUUUCCCAAUGUUCGCUGUGUUGUUCGGUGAAACUUAUGGUCUUCUCCAAAGUUCCGAUGAAAACUGGGUCCGCGGGCAGACCAACAUAAUCGCUAUAUUGUUUCUGAUAGUGGGCGUACUCACAGGCGUCGGAAUCUUCUUCCAAAUAUUCAUCUUCAAUUUGACUGGCGUGCGGCUCACGGCAAGGCUUAGGGUGGCCACAUUCAGCAACAUGCUGAAGCAAGAAAUCGGAUGGUUCGACGACCCCAUCAACGGCAUCGGUGCACUUUGCUCGCGGCUGGCGGCCGACGCGGCGGCUGUCCAAGGUGCAACCGGCACCCGAAUCGGCGCUCUAAUGCAAGCGGGAGCGACAAUAGUGAUCGGCAUCUCCCUAUCCAUGUUCUACACUUGGAAGAUGACGCUAGUGUCUCUAGUGUCGGUGCCUAUGGUCAUAGUGGCGGUGGUGCUUGAAGGCAGAGUCAUAGCAGCCGGCAUAGAAGCCGUGAGACAGGCGUCGGAUAAAGCCAACACUAUCGCCACUGAGGCGAUUACUAACAUCAGGACUGUGUCUGCCUUCUUGGCGGUGGUGCUUGAAGGCAGAGUCAUAGCGGCCGGCAUAGAAGCCGUGAGGCAGGCGUCGGAUAAAGCCAACACUAUAGCUACUGAGGCGAUUACUAACAUCAGGACUGUGUCUGCCUUCUUAUCCAUGUUCUCCACUUGGAAGAUGACGCUAGUGUCUCUAGUGUCGGUGCCUAUGGUCAUAGUGGCGGUGGUGCUUGAAGGCAGAGUCAUAGCGGCCGGCAUAGAAGCCGUGAGACAGGCGUCGGAUAAAGCCAACACUAUUGCCACUGAGGCGAUUACUAACAUCAGGACUGUGUCUGCCUUCUGUGGCGAGCAAGGCGUCCUCGAACGCUACCACAAGGCAGGCCUGGCCGCUCGCAAGACAGCUCGCAGCAGCCUCCGCUGGCGAGGCUGCGUGUUCUCCUUCGGGCAGACCGCGCCCGUCGCCGGCUACGCGCUGUCGCUGUGGUACGGAGGCGUCCUGGUGGCCAACAGGGAGGUGCCCUACAAGGACGUCAUCAAAGUGUCAGAAGCGCUAGUAUUCGGCGCUUGGAUGAUGGGCCGCUUAGCGUUCGCGCCUAACUUCGGCGCGGCCGUCAGCGCGGCGGGACGCGUGUUAACACAGCUGGCGAGGAAGCCUAAGGUGGAGAGCACGCUCACACCAUCCGUGCCUGAAGGAUUCGUGGCAGAAGGCAAGAUCCAAUACAAGAACGUCAAGUUCCGCUACCCCACUAGGAGGGAAGUGGAGGUGUUACGUGGUCUCUCGCUCGCAAUACCGAGCGGGAAGCGGAUAGCGCUCGUGGGCCCGAGCGGGUGCGGCAAGUCGACCUUGAUACAGCUGCUGCAGCGGCUGUAUGACCCUGACGACGGGACUGUGUAUCUGGACGACUACAACACGAUGUUGGACAUGCGUCUCACGACGCUACGACGCAACCUCGGCAUCGUAUCGCAGGAGCCGGUGCUCUUCGACAGAAGCAUCGCAGAGAACAUCGCGUACGGAGACAAUACGCGCAUCGUGCCUAUUGAAGAGAUAGUCGUAGCGGCCAAGGCGGCUAACGUCCACUCGUUUAUUGCUGCGCUACCUGCGGGCUACGAAACCCGCGUGGGAGCGAGAGCGUCCCAGCUGUCCGGCGGACAGAAGCAGAGGAUCGCGAUCGCACGCGCGCUGGUCAGAAACCCGAGGGUUUUGCUGCUGGAUGAGGCCACUUCAGCCCUAGACACGCACAGUGAGAAGGUGGUGCAAGAAGCCCUCGACCGUGCAAGCGAGGGUCGCACGUGCCUCAUCAUCGCCCACCGUCUGGCCACCAUCCAGAACGCAGACAUGAUUUGCGUCAUCGACCGCGGCGUGGUGGCUGAAACCGGCACGCACAGAGAACUCAUGGCCAAGAAGGGCAUAUACGCUAAGCUGUACGAGUUACAGUGCGGGUUUAUAGAGGAAGACGAUGAGAACGUUAACCCCGCCGCGGUGGCAGAAGGCAAGAUCCAAUACAAGAACGUCAAGUUCCGCUACCCUACUAGGAGAGAAGUGGAGGUGUUACGUGGUCUCUCGCUCGCGAUACCGAGCGGGAAGCGGAUAGCGCUCGUGGGCCCGAGCGGGUGCGGCAAGUCGACCUUGAUACAGCUGCUGCAGCGGCUGUAUGACCCUGACGACGGGACUGUUUAUCUGGACGACUACAACACGAUGUCGGACAUGCGUCUCACGACGCUACGACGCAACCUCGGCAUCGUGUCGCAGGAGCCGGUGCUCUUCGACCGGAGCAUCGCAGAAAACAUCGCUUACGGAGACAAUACGCGCAUCGUGCCUAUUGAAGAGAUAGUCGUCGCGGCCAAGGCGGCUAACGUCCACUCGUUUAUUGCUGCACUGCCUGCGGGCUACGAAACCCGCGUGGGAGCGAGAGCGUCCCAGCUGUCCGGCGGACAGAAGCAGAGGAUCGCGAUCGCACGCGCGCUGGUCAGGAAUCCACGGGUUCUGCUCCUGGAUGAGGCCACUUCGGCCCUCGACACGCACAGUGAGAAGGUGGUGCAAGAAGCCCUCGACCGUGCCAGCGAGGGUCGGACCUGCCUCAUCAUCGCCCACCGUCUAGCCACCAUCCAGAACGCAGACAUGAUUUGCGUCAUCGACCGCGGCGUGGUGGCUGAAACCGGCACGCACAGAGAACUCAUGGCCAAGAAGGGCAUAUACGCUAAGCUGUACGAGUUACAGUGUGGGUUUAUAGAGGAAGACGAUGAAAACGUUAACCCCGCCGCGUAGAUGAGUGUGAAAUAAAAUUCAACACCAACAAGUCGUCAAAAAUCAAAAUAUUCAAAACUUAAACGCUAAACUAUUUUGCAGGCGCGGAUCCGCUAUGAUGGGCAAGAUGGGCGCAUCCGAUUUACCCCACAACCUUUUUGAGGUCUGGGUCCGCGCCUGCCAUCUUGUGGGUUAUUCUUAAAAUUUAAAUUAAACAUCAAAUCAAGUCGCUAAGAAAAGUCGUAGAUCAUUGAUCAGUUCCCACCAAAACCUUAGAAAAUGAGGUUUAAUAUAGACGUUCAUAAAGGCAAUCGUUUAAGAUUUGAACCUCACACAUAAUUUAUUAUUAAUAUGUUAAAAGUUGUUUUCGAAAACAUUGCAGCUCUGUAAUUGGCUAGAGAAGCAGUGGUUUUAGUGAAAAGGCUUUUAAUUACAUUUAAUUAAAUGUGACGGAAUUUAUAAAUAUUGUUUAUAAUAACUUGCAUAGGACUGUAGAUAUAGCGUAUUUUUAGAUCACUGCUUAUUUUUUACUCGGUGCCUGACAUUAGAGUAAUAAUUUACAUGAUUUCAGAUUUUAGUACAAUAAGUUUUAUAGGUAUACCUUACUUACCCAUUACCAUUCCCUAUAUUAUCUACCAAUUCCUAUUCCAAAAAUGCCAAACAUUCCCCUUUACCUACCUACCCUGUACAUUCCCCUAAAAGACACGCAAAGAAAAAAGACAACUGUGCAAUCUUUCUUUGAGAGAUUUCUAAUCUUUAUUUUUGAGUUGGUAGCAGAUAGUGAAUGUCGUAUUUCAGAUGCACAUUUCAUCAUUUAUGUACAUAAACUGAAAGAGACAACCUACCAAAAAGCUUGAAAGUUUUAUGUUCUCUUUUUCUUUAACUUUUCAUGGUGCUAUUAGAUACUUCCAUGGCUUUUGUCGAAUAUUUGAAUUGAAAGAUGUAAGAAAAAUAUGUAAAUCUAUUUAAAAAGCACAGACUUAUUUAGUAGUUAGUUUCCUAAAUAAAAAUAGUUUUACCUCUAGUCUUACAAUCAUGUUUACAUUUACUUUAAUUACUAAUAUUUUAUUCGCACUUCAUGCUAUUAAAAAAGAAUUUAUCGCAAAGUGUAUUUAUGUAAGAUAAAGUUGUAACUUCAUACUGCAUGUGAAAUUGUGCCUUGCUUGUGCUCAAGUAUUAUUACGAAGCCAAAGAUAAAAGAAUACCAUACUUAUAUGCAUA